AUGGAGGCCAAACCCACGCAGACUCAAACUGGACCAACUCAAUCUACUCAAUCUGGCCAGAACAACGAAAAGAGACAAACCAAUUACAAGGACAAUGAUCAAAAUUCAGGCUCUGAUACUGAAUCCCGCAAUGGUAGUGAUGAUGACUCGGAUGGUGAACUUACAUUUGAAGAAUCCAAGAGUUGUCAACGGAAGAAAGCUGCUCGCAGUAGAGAAGAAACCAAAUCUCGCCGUCGUGAUGCAAUGAUGGCCGACCUUGCUGAUGCACCUGACAUCCCAAACGCGGCAUCACAGAUUUCUCAAGCAAUUCAUGAAUAUGUACAAAUGCUAAUGGGAAUCUCAAGGAAGUCACAAUCAAUAGGUUCCAACAAAAACUCUGAUCCAACACUUCCACCACCUCCUAGUCAAACUGAGAUGACACAUGGAUCACUUAUCUAUGAUGCUCAAAAAUCAGUGGCAGUUGCUAUAUUUGGUGCUGACUCUGGAGAAGCAGAAAUUAUAUCUCAACGUGAUAUUCAUUCUGAAGACAAACUGAGCAGCUCCACUCCCAGCAAGGUCCGAUGCAGCUGGAGGAGUGCCAAACUCGACACAUUGAUCAGCUUGAUUGACCAGUGCGUCUGGGCUCGUGAAACUGUUGCUUCAGCUCGCCGUUCAGCACACCAUCUAGUGGAGCAUGGUCCUUACAACACGACACCCGAUUUUGAUAUAUUUCCGCCGCAGUUGUUUCAACGCUCACUUGUUUUGCCAACUUGGAUAGCUUCAAUGUCAGGAGUUGCGGUCAGGAACUUGAAGUUAGCAACAACUAAUAAGGUUGACAUACUUAGAUCAAUUGAGAAGUUAACCAAAGAGCUUGCUUCUUCUUCCACAUCCCAAUAA